CUCGGUGUAUCUAGCUCGACGAUAAACCAACAAAAAUCCACAAAAACUAGUAAUCAAAAUUCAAAGUCGUAGAUCGUAGAUUCUCAGUCUGUUCGAUAGCGUCGAACACUCGCUAUCUUUUCCAGAAGAAUUCGAGAAUAAAUCAAUCAUGUUUCGAAAAACAUUGAUUCUGCUGGCUGCAGCACUCAUGUACUGCCAUCACUGUGCUAUCACCACAGCCCACGAGGAUGACGUGCACACAGUGCAGUACACCGAGGAGAAUUUCUCCACCGAAUUACCCAAGAAAAAUCACUUUAUCAUGUUCUAUGCACCCUGGUGCGAGCACUGCCGUAGACUCGGCCCCACCUGGGAAAUGCUCGCUGAAAUGCUGAACGAAGAGGAAGACAGUAGAGUUCGCAUUGCCAAGGUCGACUGCACAACAGACAGCUCAAUUUGCAGUGAACACGAUGUAACUGGAUAUCCAACUUUGAAGUUCUUCAAAACUGGGGAAAGCACUGGGACAAGAUUCAGGGGAACUAGGGACUUGCCAUCACUCAGUGCCUUCAUUAAUGAACAAUUAGGAAGUGUGCCGACAAACGAGUCAGAGGACAAGCCGCCAGUGCCUGAGCCAGUGAACGGUCUAGUGGAGCUCACAGGAGAAACCUUCAACAAGCACGUGUCAUCAGGCAGUCACUUUGUCAAAUUCUACGCCCCCUGGUGUGGCCACUGCCAGAAGCUGGCCUUCACGUGGGACAAGUUAGCCCAAUCCAACAGUCACGACGACCUCGUCAGCAUCUCCAAGGUGGACUGCACUCAGCACCGAUCAGUCUGCGAGCAGUUCGAUAUCAAGGGGUACCCCACCCUCCUAUGGAUCGAGGAUGGAAAGAAAGUCGACAAAUACUCUGGGGAGAGGAGCGAAGAGCAGCUGCAGGAGUACGUCAACAAGAUGUUGAAGAAGAGGUCUGUUGUAUCCGACGACAGUGAAGAACAGGCUGAAGACUCAGUGCAAUCUGUCUUCACUCUCACUGGGGAGUCCUUCAAGCACGGCAUCGAGAAGGGCGUCACCUUCAUCAAGUUCUUCGCUCCCUGGUGUGGCCACUGCAAACGUCUCGCCCCCACGUGGGAGAACCUGGGGAAGAAAUUCAUUGGACGAGGGGACGUUCGCAUUGUCAAAGUCGACUGCACUUUGGACACCAGCAAAAAGCUCUGUGACGAGCAGGAGGUCGACGGCUUCCCCACACUCUUCUUGUACAAGGACGGAGAGAAGAUCUCUGAAUACAGUGGGUCCAGGACUCUUGAUGAUCUUUAUGAGUUCGUUGAUAAGCACCUGAGGGCUCACGACGAGCUGUAAUUCCGGAGGGGAACUGUUAUUCAGGCCCCCAGGAUUUCUAAUCCUGGAUUAGUGGGAUUUGUCGAUUAAUUCCAAGGAACAGAGGAAUUUUUACUGAAAACAGUGAAAUUUUCAAUUUCGACGUUUUUUAAUUUUAGAUAUUUACGAAGAGUUGUUCGUAAUUUUGGAUUGAAUUCUUUUAAUUUGAGACUAGAGAAAGAUUGAGUUUAUUUAUCUCUGAAUUUUAAGGGAAGAGAAGAAUUUCUGCUGAAUAAGAUGAGACGUUUUCCAAACUGAUCUCAAUCUAGCUAUGAAAUUUAAUAAUUUCGAUUUGAUAAUUCUCACUGCGUUGUUUUCUAGAAUUUUUAUGAAGUAAUGGAUCCAUUACCCCUCGACCACACCCGGUGUAAUAAAACAAAUCGAGAGAAAGAUGAUUUCUCAGUUCCACUUAAUUAGUUAAGCAGUCUUCAUGUUUUAAAGUUUGUUUUCGCGUCAGAAUGAAUCAUAAUCUCCAGAGAACUGUGCUUCCGGAUUCUCGAGAGUCUUCAAGGUCACAAACGCAACGGGAACGGCGACUAAACCGUCUGCACAAUUGAUGAAUAAAUAUCUCGUUAUUAUUGUUUAUUUUUCCGGUCUUGAUUCCUCGACUUUUUUGAGUUCUACUAGAUAACGUGAUUAUGAUUCUAGUCGUAAUUAUCACAAAUACGAGUAUUCAUUCCCCAGUAGAUGGUAAACCCAUGAAUUUUGUAACGAGAAAUAUUAUAAACAUAAAAUACAGGUUGAAUGUUACUAUGAAGCAAUUGAAUCUUCGAAUAUACACGAAUAUCCGUAAAUAUUCUACAUUUUGUACUGUCUCUCAAUGAGAAUAUCAUCAGUUUCACAUGUAAUUAAAGAAAAUAAAUCGAUACGAAAUCAUGAA